AUGAAAACUUUGUUUGAAUCUCUCUUUCGUUCAAAUGCUUGGCUUAGGAUUUAUUCCAUCAUUGCAAUCACCAGAUUGAUCAAUCGAAUUGGCGCUCGUUUGGUCAUUGAUGGUUCUGCUCCAAGAACGAUUCGAUGGUCCGAUCAUCUCGUCGUAAUUACGGGAGGAUCACGCGGAAUGGGAGGAAGGGUAUGUGAAUUGCUCAAGGAGAAAGGAGCUCGUGUGGUGGUGAUUGAUAAAGCAGCCAAGUCAUUACACGGAAAAGAAGAUUUAUUCUUGGAAGCAGAUGUGACAAAAGAAGAAGAAUUAAUUCAAGCACGAAAGCAAGUACACAGCGAACUUGGAUACCCAACAAUGCUGAUCAGCGCAGCUGGUAUUGCUCGUCAUAGCGUUGUCAUGGACCCGCCUCAUAGAUUCCCAAGCUCCUUCAGUAAUGCGGUCAUUGACGUCAACCUUAAAGGAUCCUUCAAUUUCGUCAAAGUGUUUGGUCAAGAUCUUCUCAGUGAUUACGAUGAAGAACAAGAUCAAGAACUGUUCCCUAUCCGUAAUAAUUUUGGUGGUCAUAUUUUGAUGAUCGGAAGUGGUGCAGCAUUUGCACCUUUGCCUGCCAAUGCAACCUAUAAUGCAUCAAAAGCCGGAAUCGUUUCACUUCAUCAUACGUUGAAUUAUGAAAUUCAAUCUUGGCAUAAAUCUGAUCGUGUUCGAAAUUCAGUCUUUUGUCCGUUAAUGAUUCAUACUGAUAUGACAAAAGAUCGAAUGAAAGAACAAAAGAAUCAAUUCAUCUUCCCUACCCUAACAGUCGAUCAAGCUGCUGCGAAGAUUGUCAAGGUCUUGGAACAAGAUCGUUCGCAAGUAUUCUUUGCACCAGCUGGAGCUUAUGCACUUUCUUUGCUAAUGCCUAACCUGCCAGCUUGGUUGAUCAGACUGGUGGCUAAUGGAGGAGGAUCAGGAUCGACAUUUAGCGAAUACCUACACAAACAACGUUUACCCAUCGGAGAACACUAA